AUAUAAAUCACUUGAAAUACUUCAAGAUUAUUGCUUAGAGAAAAUUUGUGAAAAUCCACAAUUACUUUUCAGAUCAAAAUACUUUUUACAACUUGAUGGUAGUUUCUGGAUGAAAUUUUUGAAUAUGGAUAAAAUUCAAAUGGAAGAAUUUGAAAUUUGGCACAAUUUAAUUUUAUGGGGAAUUGGUCAAAUUUCCGAAACAAAUAAUUAUUUUUUUAGCUUUUCUAAAGAGGAAUUAGCCAAUUUAAAAAAUAUAUUGUAUAGCUAUAUUCCAUUAAUUAGAUUUACUGAAUUUACUGUUGAUCAACUUUAUACUUUUGUUUGGCCCUUUAGAGAUAUAAUUGAUAUAAAUUUAAGAAAUGAAAUCGCAGAUUUUCAAAAUAAUUUAAAAUUACGACUUAACGUAAUUUUAGAACCAAGACAACCAAAGGAUUAUGUUGCUCCUUGUAGAAAAUACCUUUACACAAAUGAAAGCUUUAUAUUUUCUUUUGAUCCUUGUAAAAAUUCUCAGAAUAUCAAGUUUAGUACAGUUAAAGAAAAUAAUCCAGCCAUCAAAGAUGACCCACAAUUAGGCCCCUGCUUUGGUAAAAAAGAUAUUCAUAUGACUGAUGAUUUUAACAAAAAUGAAAAAUGUAUAUCUCAACCUUCAAGUUUCAAUGAUAUCAUAUUGACAAAAAAAUUUUCUAUUAUGGAAUAUGAGGUUUUUCAAGUUGUUUAUAAAAGAAGUGAUGAAAAUAGAUGGAUUUCAUUUAUGAAUCCUAAAUAUUUUAAAAAUAAUAAAUAUAUUGGACCGGUUUAUUAA